UCAAGGCAGCAGAAAUGUUAUUUUUCAUGUACUUGGAUGAAUAUGACGUCUUCGAGAUGUUUGAUGAUUUGAACAUUAAGCAGUUUGGUUCAGGCCACGUUUGUGACGAUCAUGAAGCUUCUUGUUUGCAACUGGCAAAGGAAGGAGCAUGUGACGCAUAUCCAACAUGGAUGUUACUGACAUGCAGGAAGUCGUGUGGAAAUUGCGGAUGUGAAGACUUAGCAGCAAACUGCUCAUCACUGGCUAAGGAGGAAAAAUGCCUUCAUGAUGAUCAUGUCAAUUGGAUGCUGCGGAACUGUCAACGAAGUUGCAAAGUUUGUUUAGGUAAGAUCACCAAAACACAAGCGAGUAUCAGUGAGUUGGGUCUUUCAACGAUUCGAGGAACGUUUUGAGUCAUUGUCGAUUAGAAUUGUGUAAUUUUUCCAAAAAUUAUAUAUUACAUUGUUUCAAGUGCCCGAGUCUUUCUACCCAUCAAGAUUAUUUUAAAGUAUAUUGGUUUAAUAACCUUUGCUUCCAGCUACUGAAAAAUGUAACGUGAACUGAUGAAAUAACGUGCGUGAUUGGGCAUAAACAGGAUAAAAUUGGUCCAUCAUGUCUCUUAAGCGAGCAUGGUGACCUAUCCCUUUUAUUGUAUUUUUCGAAACAGCGCUUCGUAGGAAAACUUCAGGGAAAGUUUAAAAAAAAAUUGUCAGGCAACAGUUUUAUUUCUGAGGAAUCACAUCAAAAUAAAGACUAUCUACCCAACAACAGCAAUCAUUCUGCUGUUGUGCGUAAUUCACAAGGAUGUAAAAAGCUGCCUAAAAAUGAAAUUCAAACCAUUCACAGAAUGGAUGGUUCAAGCAAGCUAUACUGCACAUCUUGUACGGACUCUAGAAGGACUCUAGAAAAAAGCGUUUCAAAUCAGCUGUUCUGUCUAGAAUUCAGCAAGAGGCUAGAAAAUUAAUUUUUUUGUUUCAAAUCAUAUACUUUAGUCACAGUUUUUGGCUGUAAACUUAUAGUCGAGA